UACAGUAAGGUGUAAUGUUAGAAACCAACGCAGAAAACCUAAAGCAUCGUUUUGGAGCAUUUCAGGCCAAAAAACACUAGUUUAAACCAUGGCAACUGCAACUGUGCUUUUAGGAUGUCUGACAGCAGCUUGGCAUCAGAACAUGACCAUUAAACAGUAAGCUGUUUUAAAGAAGCCUGGCAUCAGAACAUGAACAUUAUAAGCUGCAAUGUUAGAAACCAAUGCAGAAACACUAAAACAUCGUUUUAGAGCUUUUCAGGCCACAAGAACACUAGUUUAGACCACGGCACUUGCAAAUGUGAUUUUAGGGUGUAUUAGUCUCUCUUACAGUAGCGUGGCAUCAGAACACAACCAAUAUAAGCUGUAAUAUUAGAAACCAAUGCAGAAACACAAAAACAUUGUUUUGGAACUUUUCAGGCCAUAAUAAAACUAGUUUAAAACCACGGCACGUGCAACUAUGCUUUUAGGGUGUAUUGAGCUGUCUUACAGUGGCUUGGCAUCGGAAAAUGACCAUUAUAGGCUGUAAUGGUAGAAACCAAUGCAGAAACACUAAAACAUUGUUUUGGAGCUUUUAAGGCCAUAAGAAAACUAGUUUAAACCACGCCACUUGCAACUGUGCUUUUAGAGUGUAUUGAGGUGUCUUACAGUAGCUUGGCAUCAGAACAUGACCAUUAUAAGCUGUAAUGUUCGAAACUUAUGCAAAAACACUAAAACAUCGUUUUGGAGCGUUUCAGGCCAUAAAAAACACUAGUUUAAACCACGGCAACUGCAACUGUGCUUUUAGGAUGUAUUGAGCUGCCUUACAAUAGCUUGGCAUCAGACCAUUACUAUUAUAAGCUGUAAUGUUAGAAACCAAUGCAGAAACACUAAAACCUCGUUUUGGAGCUUCUAAGGCCAUAAAAACACUAGUUUAAGCCAUGGCACGACCAUUAUAAGCUGUAAUGUUAGAAACCAAUGCAGAAACACUAAAACAUCGUUUUGGAGCUUCUAAGGCCAUAAAAACACUAGUUUAAGCCAUGGCACGACCAUUAUAAGCUGUAAUGUUAGAAACAAAUGCAGAAACACUAAAACAUCGUUUUGGAGCUUCUAAGGCCAUAAAAACACUAGUUUAAGCCAUGGCACGACCAUUAUAAGCUGUAAUGUUAGAAACCAAUGCAGAAACACUAAAACAUUGUUUCGUUGCUUUUCAGGCCAUAAAAAAAACUAGUUUAAACCACGGCACGUGCAACUGUGCUUUUAGGGUGUAUUGAGCUGUCUUACAGUAGCUUGGCAUGGCAUCAGAACAUGACUAUUUUAAGCUUUAAUGUUAGAAACCAAUGCAGAAACACUAAAACAUUGCUUUGGAGCUUUUAAGGCCAUAAGAACACUAGUUUAAACCACGGCACGACCAUUAUAAGCUGUAAUGUUAGAAACCAAUGCAGAAACACUAAAAUAUCGUUUUGGAGCUUUUCAGGCCAUAAGAACACUAGUUUAAACCACAGCACUUGCAACUGUGCUUUUAGGGUGUAUUGAGCUGUCUUACAGUAGCUUGGCAUCAGAACAUGAGUAUUAUAAGCUGUAAUGUAAGAAACCAAUGCAGAAACACUAAAAUAUCGUUUUGGAGCUUUUAAGGCCAUAUGAACACUAGUUUAAACCACGGCAAGACCAAUAUAAGCUGUAAUGUUAGAAACCAAUGCAGAAACAUUAAAACGUUGUUUUGGAGCUUUUAAGGCCAUAAAAACACUAGUUUAAACCAUGGCACGUGCAACUAUGCUUUUAGGGUGUAUUGAGCUGUCUUACCGUAGCUUGGCAUCAGAACAUUACUAUUAUAAGCUGUAAUGUAAGAAACCAAUGCAGAAACACUAAAACAUCGUUUCGGAGAUUAUCAGGCCAUAAAAACACUAGUUUAAACCACGACAACUGCAACUGUGCUUUUAGGAUGUAUUGAGCUGUCUUACAAUAGCUUGGCAUCAGACCAUUACUAUUAUAAGCUGUAAUGUUAGAAACCAAUGCAUAAACACUAAAACAUCGUUUUGGAGCGUUUUAGGCCAUAAAAAAACACUAGUUUAAACCCCGGCACGACCAUUAUAAGCCGUAAUGUUAGAAACCAAUGCAGGAACACUAAAACCUCGUUUUGGAGCUUUUCAGGCCACAAGAAUACUAGUUUAAACCACGGCACGAAUAUUAUAAGCUGUAAUGUUAGAAACCAAUGCAGGAACACUAAAACCUCGUUUUGGAGCUUUUCAGGCCACAAGAACACUAGUUUAAACCACGGCACAAAUAUUAAAAGCUGUAAUGUUAGAAACAAAUGCAGAAACACUAAAACAUCGUUUUGGAGCUUCUAAGGCCAUAAAAACACUAGUUUAAGCCAUGGCACGACCAUUAUAAGCUGUAAAGUUAGAAACCAAUGCAGAAACACUAAAACAUUGUUUCGUAGCUUUUCAGGCCAUAAAAAAACUAGUUCAAACCACGGCACGUGCAACUGUGCUUUUAGGGUGUAUUGAGCUGUCUUACAGUAGCUUGGCAUGGCAUCAGAACAUGACUAUUAUAAGCUUUAAUGUUAGAAACCAAUGCAGAAACACUAAAACAUUGUUUUGGAGCUUUUAAGGACAUAAGAACACUAGUUUAAACCACGGCACGACCAUUAUAAGCUGUAACGUUAGAAACCAAUGCAGAAACAGUAAAAUAUCGUUUUGGAGCUUUUCAGGUCAUAAGAACACUAGUUUAAACCACAGCACUUGCAACUGUGCUUUUAGGGUGUAUUGAGCUGUCUUACAGUAGCUUGGCAUGGCAUCAGAACAUUACUAUUAUAAGCUUUAAUGUUAGAAACCAAUGCAGAAACACUAAAACAUUGUUUUGGAGCUUAUCAGGCCUGAAAAACACUAGUUUGAAGUACGACACGACCUUUAUAAGCUGCAAUGGUAGAAACCAAUGCAGAAACAUUAAAGCAUCGUUUCGGAGCGUUUCAGGCCAUAAAAACACUAGUUUAAACCACGGCAACUGCAUCUGUGCUUUUAGGCUGUCUUACAGCAGCUUGGCAUCAGAACAUGACCAUUAUACAAUAAGCGGUUUUAAAGAAGCCUGGCAUCAGAACAUGACCAUUAUAACCUGUAAUGUUAGAAACCAAUGCAGAAACACUAAAACAUAGUUUUGGAGCUUUUCAGGCCAUAAAAAAAACUAGUUUAAACCACGGCACGUGCAACUGUGCUUUUAGGGUGUAUUGAGCUGUCUUACAGUAGCUUGGCAUGGCAUCAGAACAUGACUAUUAUAAGCUUUAAUGUUAGAAACCAAUGCAGAAACACUAAAACAUUGCUUUGGAGCUUUUAAGGCCAUAAGAACACUAGUUUAAACCACGGCACGACCAUUAUAAGCUGUAAUGUUAGAAACCAAUGCAGAAACACUAAAAUAUCGUUUUGGAGCUUUUCAGGCCAUAAGAACACUAGUUUAAACCACAGCACUUGCAACUGUGCUUUUAGGGUGUAUUGAGCUGUCUUACAGUAGCUUGGCAUCAGAACAUGAGUAUUAUAAGCUGUAAUGUAAGAAACCAAUGCAGAAACACUAAAAUAUCGUUUUGGAGCUUUUAAGGCCAUAUGAACACUAGUUUAAACCACGGCAAGACCAAUAUAAGCUGUAAUGUUAGAAACCAAUGCAGAAACAUUAAAACGUUGUUUUGGAGCUUUUAAGGCCAUAAAAACACUAGUUUAAACCAUGGCACGUGCAACUAUGCUUUUAGGGUGUAUUGAGCUGUCUUACCGUAGCUUGGCAUCAGAACAUUACUAUUAUAAGCUGUAAUGUAAGAAACCAAUGCAGAAACACUAAAACAUCGUUUCGGAGAUUAUCAGGCCAUAAAAACACUAGUUUAAACCACGGCAACUGCAACUGUGCUUUUAGGAUGUAUUGAGCUGUCUUACAAUAGCUUGGCAUCAGACCAUUACUAUUAUAAGCUGUAAUGUUAGAAACCAAUGCAUAAACACUAAAACAUCGUUUUGGAGCGUUUUAGGCCAUAAAAAAACACUAGUUUAAACCCCGGCACGACCAUUAUAAGCCGUAAUGUUAGAAACCAAUGCAGGAACACUAAAACCUCGUUUUGGAGCUUUUCAGGCCACAAGAAUACUAGUUUAAACUAGGCACGAAUAUUAUAAGCUGUAAUGUUAGAAACCAAUGCAGGAACACUAAAACCUCGUUUUGGAGCUUUUCAGGCCACAAGAACACUAGUUUAAACCACGGCACAAAUAUUAAAAGCUGUAAUGUUAGAAACAAAUGCAGAAACACUAAAACAUCGUUUUGGAGCUUCUAAGGCCAUAAAAACACUAGUUUAAGCCAUGGCACGACCAUUAUAAGCUGUAAAGUUAGAAACCAAUGCAGAAACACUAAAACAUUGUUUCGUAGCUUUUCAGGCCAUAAAAAAACUAGUUCAAACCACGGCACGUGCAACUGUGCUUUUAGGGUGUAUUGAGCUGUCUUACAGUAGCUUGGCAUGGCAUCAGAACAUGACUAUUAUAAGCUUUAAUGUUAGAAACCAAUGCAGAAACACUAAAACAUUGUUUUGGAGCUUUUAAGGACAUAAGAACACUAGUUUAAACCACGGCACGACCAUUAUAAGCUGUAACGUUAGAAACCAAUGCAGAAACAGUAAAAUAUCGUUUUGGAGCUUUUCAGGUCAUAAGAACACUAGUUUAAACCACAGCACUUGCAACUGUGCUUUUAGGGUGUAUUGAGCUGUCUUACAGUAGCUUGGCAUGGCAUCAGAACAUUACUAUUAUAAGCUUUAAUGUUAGAAACCAAUGCAGAAACACUAAAACAUUGUUUUGGAGCUUAUCAGGCCUGAAAAACACUAGUUUGAAGUACGACACGACCUUUAUAAGCUGCAAUGGUAGAAACCAAUGCAGAAACAUUAAAGCAUCGUUUCGGAGCGUUUCAGGCCAUAAAAACACUAGUUUAAACCACGGCAACUGCAUCUGUGCUUUUAGGCUGUCUUACAGCAGCUUGGCAUCAGAACAUGACCAUUAUACAAUAAGCGGUUUUAAAGAAGCCUGGCAUCAGAACAUGACCAUUAUAACCUGUAAUGUUAGAAACCAAUGCAGAAACACUAAAACAUAGUUUUGGAGCUUUUUAGGCCAUGAAAACACUAGUUUAAACCACGGCAAAACCAUUAUAGGCUGUAAUGUUAAAAAACCAAUGCAGAAACACUAAAAAAACCACGGCACUUGCAACUGUGCUCUUAGGGUGUACUGAGCUGUUUUAAAGUAGCCUGGCAUCAGAACAUGACUAUUAUAAGCUUUAAUGUUAGAAACCAAUGCAGAAACACUAAAACAUUGUUUUGGAGCUUUUAAGGCCAUAAGAACACUAGUUUAAACCACGGCACGACCAUUAUAAGCUGUAAUGUUAGAAACCAAUGCAGAAACACUAAAAUAACGUUUUGGAGCUUUUCAGGCCAUAAGAACACUAGUUUAAACCACAGCACUUGCAACUGUGCUUUUAGGGUGUAUUGAGCUGUCUUACAGUAGCUUGGCAUCAGAACAUGAGUAUUAUAAGCUGUAAUGUAAGAAACCAAUGCAGAAACACUAAAACAUCGUUUUGGAGCUUUUAAGGCCAUAUGAACACUAGUUUAAACCACGGCAAGACCAAUAUAAGCUGUAAUGUUAGAAACCAAUGCAGAAACAUUAAAACGUUGUUUUGGAGCUUUUAAGGCCAUAAAAACACUAGUUUAAACCAUGCCACGUGCAACUAUGCUUUUAGGGUGUAUUGAGCUGUCUUACCGUAGCUUGGCAUCAGAACAAUACUAUUAUAACCUGUAAUGUUAGAAACCAAAGCAGAUAUGCUAAUGCAUCGUUUGGGAGCUUUUCAGGCCAUAAAAACACUAGUUUAAACCACAGCAACUGCAACUGUGCUUUUAGGCAGUCUUACAGCAGCUUGGUAUCAGAACAUGACCAUUAUACAGUAAGGUGUAAUGUUAGAAACCAACGCAGAAAACCUAAAGCAUCGUUUCGGAGCAUUUCAGGCCAAAAAACACUAGUUUAAACCAUGGCAACUGCAACUGUGCUUUUAUGAUGUCUGACAGCAGCUUGGCAUCAGAACAUGACCAUUAAACAGUAAGCUGUUUUAAAGAAGCCUGGCAUCAGAACAUGAACAAUAUAAGCUGUAAUGUUAAAAACCAAUGCAGAAACACUAAAACAUCGUUUUAGAGCUUUUCAGGUCACAAGAACACUAGUUUAGACCACGGCACUUGCAAAUGUGAUUUUAGGGUGUAUUAGUCUCUCUUACAGUAGUGUGGCAUCAGAACACAACCAAUAUAAGCUGUAAUAUUAGAAACCAAUGCAGAAACACAAAAACAUUGUUUUGGAACUUUUCAGGCCAUAAUAAAACUAGUUUAAACCACGGCACGUGCAACUAUGCUUUUAGGGUGUAUUGAGCUGUCUUACAGUGGCUUGGCAUCGGAAAAUGACCAUUAUAGGCUGUAAUGGUAGAAACCAAUGCAGAAACACUAAAACAUUGUUUUGGAGCUUUUAAGGCCAUAAGAAAACUAGUUUAAACCACGCAACUUGCAACUGUGCUUUUAGGGUGUAUUGAGGUGUCUUACAGUAGCUUGGCAUCAGAACAUGACCAUUAUAAGCUGUAAUGUUCGAAACUUAUGCAAAAACACUAAAACAUCGUUUUGGAGCGUUUCAGGCCAUAAAAAACACUAGUUUAAACCACGGCAACUGCAACUGUGCUUUUAGGAUGUAUUGAGCUGCCUUACAAUAGCUUGGCAUCAGACCAUUACUAUUAUAAGCUGUAAUGUUAGAAACCAAUGCAGAAACACUAAAACCUCGUUUUGGAGCUUCUACGGCCAUAAAAACACUAGUUUAAGCCAUGGCACGACCAUUAUAAGCUGUAAUGUUAGAAACCAAUGCAGAAACACUAAAACAUCGUUUUGGAGCUUCUAAGGCCAUAAAAACACUAGUUUAAGCCAUGACACGACCAUUAUAAGCUGUAAUGUUAGAAACAAAUGCAGAAACACUAAAACAUCGUUUUGGAGCUUCUAAGGCCAUAAAAACACUAGUUUAAGCCAUGGCACGACCAUUAUAAGCUGUAAUGUUAGAAACCAAUGCAGAAACACUAAAACAUUGUUUCGUAGCUUUUCAGGCCAUAAAAAAACUAGUUUAAACCACGGCACGUGCAACUGUGCUUUUACGGUGUAUUGAGCUGUCUUACAGUAGCUUGGCAUGGCAUCAGAACAUGACUAUUAUAAGCUUUAAUGUUAAAAACCAAUGCAGAAACACUAAAACAUUGUUUUGGAGCUUUGAAGGCCAUAAGAACACUAGUUUAAACCACGGCACGACCAUUAUAAGCUGUAAUGUUAGAAACCAAUGCAGAAACACUAAAAUAACGUUUUGGAGCUUUUCAGGCCAUAAAAACACUAGUUUAAACCACAGCACUUGCAACUGUGCUUUUAGGGUGUAUUGAGCUGUCUUACAGUAGCUUGGCAUCAGAACAUGAGUAUUAUAAGCUGUAAUGUAAGAAACCAAUGCAGAAACACUAAAACAUCGUUUUGGAGCUUUUAAGGCCAUAUGAACACUAGUUUAAACCACGGCAAGACCAAUAUAAGCUGUAAUGUUAGAAACCAAUGCAGAAACAUUAAAACGUUGUUUUGGAGCUUUUAAGGCCAUAAAAACACUAGUUUAAACCAUGGCACGUGCAACUAUGCUUUUAGGGUGUAUUGAGCUGUCUUACCGUAGCUUGGCAUCAGAACAUUACUAUUAUAAGCUGUAAUGUAAGAAACCAAUGCAGAAACACUAAAACAUCGUUUUGGAGCUCUUAAGGCAAUAAAAACACUAGUUUAAACCAUGGCACUUGCAACUGUGCUUGUAGGGUAUAUUGAGCUGUCUUACAGUAGUUUGGCAUCAGAACAUUACUUUUAUAAGCUGUAAUGUUAGAAACCAAUGCAGAAACACUGAAACAUCGUUUUGGAGCUUUUGAGGCCAUAAAAACACUAGUUUAAACCACGGCAUUUGCAACUGUGCUUUUAGGGUGUAUUGAGCUCUCUUACAAUAGCUGGGCAUCAAAACAUUACUCUUAUAAGCUGUAAUGUUAGAAACCAAUGCAGAAACACCAAAAUAUCAUUUUGGAGCUUCUAAGGCCAUAAAAACAUUAGUUUAAACCACAACACGACCAUUAUAAGCUGUAAUGUUAGAAACCAAUGCAGAAACACUAAAACAUUGUUUCGUAGCUUUUCAGGCCAUAAAAAACUAGUUUAAACCACGGCACGUGCAACUGUGCUUUUAGGGUGUAUUGAGCUGUCUUACAGUAGCUUGGCAUGGCAUCAGAACAUGACUAUUAUAAGCUUUAAUGUUAGAAACCAAUGCAGAAACACUAAAACAUUGUUUUGGAGCUUUUAAGGCCAUAAGAACACUAGUUUAAACCACGGCACGACCAUUAUAAGCUGUAAUGUAAGAAACCAAUGCAGAAACACUAAAACAUCGUUUUGGAGCUUUUAAGCCAAUAAAAACACUAGUUUAAACCAUGGCACUUGCAACUGUGCUUGUAGGGUAUAUUGAGCUAGCUGUCUUACAGUAGUUUGGCAUCAGAACAUUACUAUUAUAAGCUGUAAUGUUAGAAACCAAUGCAGAAACACUAAAACAUCGUUUUGGAGCUUUUGAGGCCAUAAAAACACUAGUUUAAACCACGGCAUUUGCAACUGUGCUUUUAGGGGGUAUUGAGCUCUCUUACAAUAGCUUGGCAUCAAAACAUUACUCUUAUAAGCUGUAAUGUUAGAAACCAAUGCAGAAACACCAAAAUAUCAUUUUGGAGCUUCUAAGGCCAUAAAAACAUUAGUUUAAACCUUGACACGACCAUUAUAAGCUGUAAUGUUACAAACCAAUGCAGAAACACUAAAACAUUGUUUUGGAGCUUUUCAGGCCAAAGGAAAAAUAGUUUAACACUAGAACUACUAAAGGACGUACACCUUUACAUAUACCCCUACUCACAGCUGGGUUUUCAUUUGUCCGGUACGCUCCAGCUGGCACCCUGCCAAGAGCCGCUUUUGUUACGUAAAGAGGGCCAUCACUGACGCACUCUGUGGGGUGCGACGCAUGGGCUCGCUGACUGCUGCUGCCUGCGAGGUAGAGCAGGCAGCAGCAGUUCCUACUCAUUUUCCUAUGAGUCUAUGAGUGACAUCCACUGCUACAAUGUUCCACCGCUAUGUGCUUGGAUUUACAACGUGAAAGGACGAGUAUCAUUGUUGCAGUCUCACCGAAGGAAGCAAUAAAAACAUCAACAAUACAAUAAGACAGUUUUGCUGCUUUGCUUAUUUACAAAAAUAAAUAAAUAAAGUUAACACAUUAUUGCACUGUAACUUUUCCAAAAAUUACAGAAAAGACGACAGUACACCGCUCACCCAUCUAGUUUUAACAUAUGUGCAAUUAAAAAUAUAUUAUAAACCAAAAAACGCUUGAAAGCGUUUCGGUUUUAUAUUCCGUUUAUUUCGUUAUUUCCCCUUUCACCUGUACCACAUAAUAAGUCACUGCAGAGCUACAGCCAUGUUUCACCAGCCGCUUUCAGCAGUGAGUCAUAGACGGACGUUGUUCUGCCCGCUUUCAUGUAGACACGGAACGCUUCAAAGUUUUUUCAAACGUAGAUUUUGUUAAUUUCGUUAUUCACAUACAACAUGCAAAUGCUAAAAAUUACAGAAAAGAUAACAGUACACCCAUCAAGUUUGGUUGAACAGAAAAUGCUUGAAAGCGUUUCUGUUUUAUAUUACGUUUAUUUCGUUAUUACUCAUUUCACCUGUACCACAUACAGUCAUUGCAGUACUUCAGCCGUGUUCUUACAAAGUUAACCAGCUGUUUAUUUCGUUAUUCCCUCUUUCAUGUCCGUCUGGUGAAUGAAAGUGGGCGGGGCCAUCCACGUCCCAGAGUAGGAACACUGGGGGGAAGGGGAAACACGCAUCAACACGCAGGACAAAGAUCUGCGUUUCUCUGCCUGCUACAGCCUCGGCUGCGUUGGGUUGUUAAUUUCACCUGUACCAUAUGAAAUGUGUUCCUAUGAAGUCGCUUUCAGAAUCAGAAUCGUUUUUAUUCCCCAGGUUUGAACAGGGAAAACAUUAUUUUUAUUUACAAAAAAAAAUCCCAUACGGUUUGCACUGUAACGUCACUAAGAAUUAGGAAAAAAGACAGUACACCCAUCUAGUUUUAACAAAUGUGCAAUAAAAAAUUUAAACAGAAAACGCUUAAAAGCGUUUCUGUUUUAUAUUUCCGUUUCUUUCAUUAUUUUCCAUUUCACCUGUACCACAUAAAGUCAUUGCAGAGCUACAGCCAUGUUCCCAAGAGGUUCACCAGCCCCUUUCAGCGGUGACACACGCAUGGACGUUGUUCUGCCCGCUUUCAUAUAAGAGAUUAUAUAGCCCACUUUCCAUCAACUCUGGUUUUGACAGCUCUAGGUCAAAGGUCACUUGAUCUUUUCACCCGUGAACUUGCCAUGUCAAAGGUCACUUGAUCUUUAAUCCCGAGUGUCAGAGUGCACUUGAUCUUUAACCCUGAGUGUCAGAGUGCGCUUGAUCUUUAACCCCGAGUGUCAGAGUGCACAUGAUCUUUAACCCCGAAAGUCAAAGUGUACCUGUUCUGUUAUGUAUGCAGAUAUAUUAUAUAUGUGAGCCACCGGUGCUUUCUGUGUAUCCUCCUUUAGGCUGUGCUCUCUGUAUCACUGGGGUCUCGCAUUCCUCUGCGUGUGUAUUUGAGUUCACAGGCCUGCGGUGGCCUGGUAUCCUUCUACAGUCCUCCUUCCCCCGUCUGGAUUUAUGCGUCAAGUAAUAUUAGUGUGCUGCUGGUGUACAACAACAACAUCUGCAACUUGCAAAGCAUAUACCCUUGCAUCGUUGAUAGUCCUCUGCGUUGUUGGUCAGAGGAGUCCUCUCGGUCUGCAGUCAUACGGCAUUUUUGGCACACACACACACACACACACACACACACACACACACACACACACACACGCACACGCUGUAAUAGGGGGGAAAAAAUCAUUCAACUCAACUCAACAAACAAACUCUCACCCCCCUUAAGGUUCUGUUGCACAUUAAGCGUCGACAUUUAAUGUUGUUUUUGACCGUCCGAUUAUUUAUGGUCCGCGUCUGCUUUUUACCCUAUCUGAUCCCACAACCCCUAAAGUCAUAAAGCUAAUGCAUCACGUCUUUGAAACUCGGUGUCCUAUCCCUUCUGAUAGCAUGGCACCCCCGACGCACGAGUGAGAAUGUAAACAUCUUCCCCCCCUGGUGCAAUAAGGCGAUUCCACCAGGCGCGGGGAGAAUGUUUAACGGUAGUUGAUUUGUUAUGCGAAACAAGAGGUGUGAGGGUGUCCCCAGGGGUCAUUCAAGAGUCACACACUUUCUAGUAGUAUUUAGAGCGUAUAUAGGCUAAUCUAUAACAUAAUAUGAUGACGAUGAUACGAAUUACUGUUUUAACAUCGCAGGAUUAUCCUGAGGAAUCCUCCUUGACAAGACAGUAUAAAGGUGGAGAGGGCCUGAGCAGGAGGGGGGUCGGGGUGUUGUAAAACCAUUUGAUCAGUUUCUGGGUGACUUUUAUGGAGAAACCUGGUAUAAAUAUAGGCGGAGUUGAAGUGUCAGAAACAACCCGAACCCAGGCCUUCACGCUAGAUCUUUGUUGGAAGUUGAAGCAGCGGUAUGAUUCGAGGUAAAGCUCCGGCGACUCUCAUUUCUUUGAUUCUCCUGAAAAUAUGCCAACAAAUUUCGUCCGCGUCAGCUCCUGCAUCUCACGCCGCCCGCGGGGCUCGUCUGCCAGAGAGCGCUUGACUCCGUAGGUAUGACCUCUUUUGCAAAAUCAACUAUUAUUAGACUUUAGAACGCUUUGUAACAGUUUUCUUUUUAUGGCAGAUCGCCUUGCGCUACAGCGUUGCCAGAGCCAAGAAUUCCAACUGCAGUAUAGGCGCCAGGCGGCUCAACAAGCAUUCAACGCCUUCCCGACCGGAGAGGCCCUUAGAUUCGUCGGUCAGUUAUUACAUAAUAUGAGCCGAUCAACAUAUUUUUUCUAAAAAAAAAAAGACGCUGAGAUCCAUCAGGCGCCACGGACCGAUCACAGUCUCGACGUAUCAGACGACGCGCUUCUGGAGGUGUCACCGGACCCCGGAGAGUAUGACUUUCCUAGUUGGGGUGAUGAGUAUGUUUCUGAUUUUGAUCGAUUAGAACAGUCUGUAAACCGCUUCAUUGAAAGACUGCAAAAUUCCAGCCAGAGAAAUAAUGAACUCCCGUCAGAGGAGGGCGCACCCGAGUGCGGAGACAAUGACGAUGCUAUGGAAGGAGCUCCUCCGAGCAGAGACGGCAACCUGGAAGCACCCCCCGACGGCCCCCAACGCGCGGCGCAGAGGGGAAGCGGGCCCUCUGAUGAAACCAGGAUUGUAACCAGAAACAGUUUCAAUAACUUUGAAAUAAGACUAUUGCUUAAUAUCGGGCAGGCGGACGAGGUUGAUUACGGACACUUCUCCGGGACUGUUAUGGGGAAUGUUGCCGAGAUGGUGCAGCAGGCUUUAAAUCAGACUCAACAAGGCGACGUUAUCCAGCUCGAGCUCAGGGGGGACAUGCUGUAAUCACAAGCGGCCGCUGUUGUGUCAGUCGCGGACGGCGUGGAUUUUUCCCAAUUUCAGGACUUGCUGGACGGCGCUGUUCAGUCCAAUAUGGAAGUGUUGACGGACGGCAGCUUGGAGCUGGUGAUUCAGGUGGUGUGCAACCCCCGAGGGGGUGGUAAAAGGCUGUUGGCAAAGACCCUAGACUGCGAAAUUGUUCAAAAGAAGCAGAGGUUCAUGUACAUUGUCAACAAUCGGAAUAAUGAGCUCUGUUUUGCCAUCAACCUGGCGCAUCUGCUCUAUCCAGGAAUCACAGACGCCGAGGCUGAAAGGAGGGGGAGCGAUCUUCAGCAACGGGCAGGUUUAACAGCGCAGACGCUGGAGUGUUUCACGAACAUGGAGAAGUUUGAAGAGCUUGUUCAGUGUCGGAUUGUAAUCUUUUACAGAACAGAUUUGAAGCGCCUCAACACGUUUCACACUGCAAAGCAGCGGUCUGGUAACCCUUUAUACAUGUUUCUUUUCAAGAAUCAUUAUUACGGUCUAAAGAACGCCUGUGCUUUCAUAGGAAAAAAAUACUUGUGCAGUCAUUGCAACACCGGUUAUGAUGGGUUGCUGAAUCAUAAAUGCGAGGGGCGUUUUAACGUGUGUCUUGAUGCCGCCUGCGCGGCCACGCGUACAGCAGCUGGUGGGGGCGUAGUGUGUGAAUAUUGCAACUGUUGGUGUGCUUCGGCCUUUUGUCUUGCAAAACACAGGGAGAAGGUGUGGCGCCCUGUGGCUCAGAAGCACGCGAGCAUUUGUGACAUGCACAAGAAAUGUCACCGCUGCGGGCUCUUGUAUUACGUCUUACUGAUUAAAAUAUCAAAGCCGCACGAAUGCCCGGACGUUAAAUGCUGCAUCUGUGGCGGGGUCAAAUAUGCAUGGGCGACCGAGCGAUUGUUUUAUGACUUUGAGACGUAUCCUGUUGAGAAUGGCACGCACGUGCCCUUUUACGUCUGCGUGAUGAGGAGCAAUAAUAGCUGCCCGUGUUACGGGCCCGACUGCGCCGUAAAGCUUCUCAGGCGCUACAGGGCUAAAAAGUACAAAGAUUCAGUAUUUUUGGCUCACAAUUCGAAAGGUUUUGACGGGCAUAUUCUUUUGAGCGCCAUGGUGUCGCUGGGGAUUAGCCCUCACGUUGUAAUGCAGGGGUCUAAACUGGUAUUGUUCACAAAGCCUCAUUAUAAUCUCAAAUUUAUAGAUUCCAUGAGCUUUCUACCUUUCCCUCUGGCCUCCCUGCCAAAAGCUCUGGGCUUUGAGGAUGCUGAAAAGGGUCACUUCCCUCACAAGUUCAGCUCUAAGGAGAAUCUGAUUUAUGUCGGCCCAUACCCAGCUCCUGAAUAUUAUGGUUGUCAGCAAAUGACUCCAAAGAAACGCGAAAACGGAAUUCAUGGCGUGGUACACCCUAGUUUCCGGCGGGACGUUUAAUUUUAAAGCGGAGGCAAAGCGCUACUGCCAAAAUGACACAGAGAUUCUCAUGAAAGCGUGCUUUGCAUUUAGAGAGUGUUUUGUGAACGAGAUGGCUCUAGACCCCUUCAAGCGAGCAACCAUCGCCUCUGCGUGUAUGUUUGUUUUCAGAACAUGUUUUCUUAAAGAAAACACUCUUGCCAUUCCCUGUCCGUACGACUACAAGUAUAGCUGCAAGCGCUUCUCAAACGCCUGUGUGCAGUGGUUAGAAUGGGUGAUGUUCAGAGACGGAGUGUUUAUCUAGCACGCUCCAAACGGAGGUGAAUGGAGCUUUGGACGCUUGCGGGUGGACGGCUAUUGUGAGUCAGGCGGGGUGAAGGUCGUGUAUGAAUUUCUGGGCUGCUUCUACCACGGCUGCUUGGAGUGUUUCACAGGUAGCCGCGUUCUCGCUUUAACGGGGAAAACUUUUUAAAGAAUGCACGUUGAGACGCAGGAGAGAUUGACAGAGUUGAGGUCAGAGUACGGACUCCGUGUGAUUACCAUGAAGGAGCACAACUGGGAUCUGCUGAAAAAGUCGCACCAGGGUGUGAAAGCGUUCCUACAAGCCUACAAGGCCCCUGAGCCUCUAGCCCCACACGAUGCUCUGUACGGGGGGUGCACAUGCCCCGUGACGUUGAGAUACUCUGCGGGAGAAGAUGAGGUCGUGAGAUACCUUGAUUUUACAUCCCUGUAUCCUUACGUCAACUACACGUGUCCUUAUCCUCUGGGACCGUCCAGGACCGUCAGGACGGCCCCUGUGACCACAGCAACGCGGAGCGCGCUCUGAAAGGAGUCUGGCCUUUCCCCGAGAUUCUGAAAGCGCUGGAGAACGGAUACAGAGUAUGGAGGUCAUAGAAGUGUGGCAUUUCAAAGAGCAGAGUACCUCUCUUUAAAGAAUACAUCUCAACCUUUCUCAAGGGGAAGCAGGAAGCCAGUGUUUAUCCUGGGGAUGCUACGGAUGCGGAGAGCAGGCAAAAAUACAUCGAUGACUAUGCCAAAAAUCAGGGGAUCGUCCUGGAUCCGGCAAAUAUUGUGUUAAACCCGGCUAAAAGACAAGUAGCAAAAUUAUGCCUAAACAGUUUUUGGGGGAAGCUGAGUCAGAGCUGUAAUUUGGUUCAGACGGAAAUAGUGGAAAGGCCCGAAUAUUUUUUCAGGCUGCUGUUUUCAGGAGAAAGGGAGGUAAAGUAUUUUACUUUUCUAAAUGACAGGGUGGCGUUGAUUCAACACUGCAGCAGCGAGCGGGUCGUAGCUCGUCCCAAUCGGUCAGACAACGUAUUUGUCGUGGCUUUGACCACUUGUUACACCCGGCUGAAAUUGUACAGCUGCCUGGAGCGGCUUGAGAGGCGCGUUCUGUAUUAUGACACCAAUAGCGUAAUCUACUCUUCAAAACCCGGCGAAGCCGAGCUCCCGCUGGGUAAUUACCUGGGUGAUUUGACGGAUGAGCUAAAGUCUGACUCUAUUAAAGAAUUUGUCUCCGCAGGACCUAAAAGCUACGGGUAUCAGACGCAAGGAGGCAGAGUGACGGUUAAAGUCAAGGGCAUCACACAGACGACAGAGUGUUGUAAGAGCAUAAAUUUUGACUCUGUUAAAAACCUGGUGGAGAACUAUAUUGAAACGAGCGAGAGCGGGAUCCUGACGGCUCCUCAAUACAACAUUGUCGCGACAAAAAGAGCUUUGACUUAAAAAACGUCUCGGUCGACAAGAAAUUCAGAGUGGUGUUUGACAAGCGCCGACUGCUUCCCGGAGGGUCCAGCGACCCUUUUGGCUAUUAGGGCCAUGCAGGAGGUGGAAGAGGGAUUUGUCCCGGGCCUGAAAGCCCCGUUCUCCUGCCUUAUAGCGGGCCCUAGUGGCGCUGGUAAAACGUUUUUUGUGAAAAGUUUUUUGGAGAAUUGUAAACAUGUAACCGAUAAUGUGCCUGAUAACAUUGUGUGGAUAUAUAUGUCUUUUCAACCCAUGUAUGACGAAUUGCGGAGGAUGAAUAAAGGAAUAAAAUUUA